AUGAAUUAAAAAAAAGGAAAGGCAAUCCCCAUGUAAACACUCAGUUUUACAGUCUCAAAUUAACUACCUCAAAUACAAACCCAAUCUUUGACUUAAGUUAAUAGUCAAAUGUAAACUGUCCAAUCAGCCAAAUAACCACCAAAACCUCAGAAAAUGUUUUCUGAUUACAUGAAACAAUUAAUGUAGAACCCAGAAACCAAGAAAGUCUAUGAUGAUGCAGCUAAUAAAGUUCCAGCACCCUAAAUUGAAGACCAAAAGUAAUAAUAACAAUAAUAAUAACAAUAACAAUCGAAACCAUUUUCAAUUAAGCAAUCUUAAACUUCUAACAGUUUCACCUCUAAUGCUAAUUCAACCAAGAAACCUUUUAAUUAAUUUUAUGAAUAAUCUAAAAUUAGAACCGUCAACGAUUCCAUUCCCAGGCCUUAAUCAGAGAAAAGACAACAAGAAAAUCAUAGUUACGUUUCAACUCAAAAAUCAGAAGAAGUCUCUAAUGAUAUUGAUAAUAAGAGUGUCAAAUCCGAAACAUUUAGUAUCUCCAAAUCUUCAUAAGAUCUACCUGAUUCUAGUUCUAAAUAUGUCAAGAAAAAAAGAUAGGAAAUUAAAUUUGACUCAGAUCUAUGGGUUAAAAAUGAAAUACCCAAAUAUAAAUUACAAAGUAAAGAAUACAAGGAUAUUAUGAAUCAAGUUGAACAAUUGGUAGAAUCGAGGGAAUAAUCUCGAUAAAAGUAAAUAAAAGAAUUGGAAGGCUAUAUUGAUAGUAGAUAGACAUCUAGAACUCAAACUAAGUAACAACUUAAUGAAGAAUAAGAAUUGGAGAAUCAAAUUCAAAUGUUAGCAGUAGAGUUGGAUUAAGUUGAAAAAAUUGAAUUGGAAUAAAAAACUAAAAUUGACAUUCAAAGAUUUUAACAAUUAUUGGAUAAACCAUUAGAUAAUGAUUCACAAGAUCCAUGUUUAUCACAGAAUUACUUCGUAACAGAGAAUAAUUUAAGGUUAAAAUCACUGGAUAACAACCAAUCAGAAUCAGAAUCUCCAAUUAAAUUUUAGAAAAUUGAUAAUUAGGAAUAAUAUAUUGAAUAAAUUGAAAAGAAAAUUGAAAAACAAUAAGAAACCUUGGAAAACAUAGCCAAAUUUAAAUUACCUAAUGAAUAUCAAUUAAGAUUGGAAUCAUUAUUAUAAGAUAUAGAUAAUCUUAAACAAAGUUCAAUUAAAAACUAUUCAAAUCCAUUUUUAAUUCCCAAAGAAAAGUUGAUUGAAGUACAUAAAAAGAUCAAAAAACUAAAUCCUAAGUUCGUAGAAGAUGCUGAUCUAGAAUUUGAUAAGAAUUGCAUGUUACCAAAAGAUCCUAUCUUAAGAAAAGAGGCUGAUAGAUAGAAUCCCUUGAAAUUAAAACACAAGAAGUCAAUGCAGAAAUCUUAGGAGAGACCUAAGAUGUAACAAUUAAUUGAAUAAAUCAAAAAGAAAACAUAAUACACUCCCAGUGAAUUCUUGAAAUAAAAAAUGUUGCAAUUCGAUGAUCUAUCCAAAAAUAGUAAAAAUUGUGCCUAAGAAUUAACUACUAUAUAGUGUAAUUAAAUUUUAAAUGAGUUCUCUGAAUAUAAAAAAUAGUUAGACGUAGCAAUUAAAUAGAAUUAUGAAUUGUUAAAUUAGAGUAAGGAACAAGAUCUAUCAAACGAAUUAGAACUAUUGCAUGAAUAGUAACAGAGGGUUUAAAAUCUAGAAAAUGAAUAUUAAUAAGUCCAACAAUUUAUAGAAAAAUUCACUUAAGAUUUCUCCUUGCCUACUAUCAAUGAAGAUGAUGAAUAAAAUGAAAAUGUUCAAAUUCAAAUUGAAUAGCAAACAUAACCUCUCUAAUCAAUUGAAGAAUUAGAUUAGGAAAUUACAAGAAAAGUUAGAGAAUAGCAUCCAGAACUAUUUGAAGAAUGA